AUGGUGGAUCACAACUCAGGUCACGCUCUUGAGGUUUUGCAAGAUUCACAAAACCCUAAGCCCACAAAUGCUACAGUAAACUCUCCAGAAACUACAGAGCAAUCAGGAAAAUGCGAGGAACGGUUUUUGUAUCAGUCGUAUCGCGCUUUCCUCGACACCAAUGUCAAAACCUGGCCGGAGCUCCGAUGGAUGCAAGUUUUCCUCGAACAUCAGGGCAGCAACCCUAGCGACACCCAGGUGGAUGUCAUUGAUUCCAAAGAUGGCUGUCUGCAUUCGAGCCAGGUUCCCUAUACUGGGGCUCAAAACCUUUUGAAGGCUCUUGGACAACGUUCACCUGAUGUCAACACGAGGAUAAUCAUUGUCAGCUACAGGGAAAGCCUUUCCAUCGACCGUGGCGUAGUGGAAGUGUUAGGAAGACUGCUUAGCAUUGAUCCGCUCGCUUUCCUGCAACAUUUCCACCAUGAGAGUCUACAGCAAGAGGACAGCUAUAAUGAUAAGUACAAAUCGCGACUGGCUUACGAACCUCAUGCGUUCUUACCAUCAGAGCAACCGACCCAAGGACGCUGCCUUCAUUUUGGUCUCGAAAGUCGGAAGUAUGCCUCUGCGAUGUUCUUUGGAGAUGGGUUUGGUUACAAUAAUAUUUCACAAGCUACAGUGGUCAUCUGGAUUCGGUCGCCCAGGCGAUAUUAUGCUACAUCUUUCGGGAUGCAUCCUUCGUUCUCAGAACCUCCUAGACAGCGGAUAGUGAAGGCUCACUAUAUCACUGGGACAUAUAUCGAUUGCCUGCUUGCCUUGGAUCCAGGGGUCGUGAGAAUGGCAGACAGGGAUCUUCGGCAAUAUAUCGCACCUCUGAUACGAGUCUUUUUAAAGGAACACUAUGUCGAAUUUCGGAAGGAGAUUGAUCCCUUCUCGUUGUUUCGUCCUACUUUCAUACACAAUACUCCCGAGGACUUACUUCCUCGAAUCCGCCAUCGUCUUCGAUUUCUGGAUAACAUGCGUCUCACAAUCAGGAAUGUGCUUAAGGAGGGGGAGGACAGAGAAGUCCGACCAGCUGAAGCUCCGAUCCACAAAACUAUCGGAGACCUAUAUGUGCUCAUAGAUGAGCUGAAAGAGGCAGAGGGUUUUUACGAACGACUUCAAAGAGAGCAGCUGCUGAACGCACAGCUGCAGGAGGCACGGAAGUCAACCGAAACAGCCGUAAGCGUGGCAAGACUAACCAAGCUGGCUUUCAUCUUCAUCCCUCUUAGCUUUGUAACGUCUUUUUUCGGUAUGAACGUGAAGCAAUUCGGCAACGGCAAUAUCAACAUAUGGAUAUUUUUUGCAACGGCUGCGGCCAUGAUUUGCUUGACGCUUCCCGCCUUCAUGAUAACGACGGAAUCCGGAGAGAUCGCUGUGUGCACUGUCAAGCUCUUGAUGAAAUCUCCAUACGUUGGAUUCUGGUUCCUCGCGUUUACGCUGUUCAACACCCACAAGGUCAACAUGAUGCUCUGCGAGCGGGGCGUCCUUCACUAUUUCAGUAAAGGGGAGCAAGGGUGCCGCGAAUAUGCCCUAUCGGGCGCUCGCGGCUGGAGAUACACAUUUGGAUGGAGGGAAGAGAGCCUGUACAGACAGUUCUGGAGCUGGAGAGCACAGUACAUAAUGGCUAUCUUCUACAAGUGGCUGGAUUCUCCAGAUUGGAAGAAACUGGACUGGACUGACAGGCUUUUGUGGCAGUUUGAGUGGUGGCGAUUGGAUUAUGAGCGACAGGGAUGGACCAACAUCGAUUGA